CUACUUACUCAAUGUUUUUGUUUGACAUUUAUAGAAAGCAGUUUGUGGAUAUACUGUGUGACGGAAGUCUUUCUAGUUUUGACAGCUUUCAAAGCUUAAGGCUAAACCAUGGCACCUAGGAAAAACAAAGUUGCAAAAGAGGAGGUCCAGGUGACCCUUGGUCCUCAACAUUUGAUCGGAGAGACCGUGUUUGGAGUAGCUCACAUUUUUGCGUCUUUCAAUGACACAUUCGUACAUGUUACCGACUUGUCCGGUAGGGAAACCAUCGCCAGGGUAACAGGAGGCAUGAAGGUUAAGGCCGAUCGUGAUGAGGCCUCGCCCUACGCCGCUAUGUUGGCUGCUCAGGAUGUAGCUGAAAAGUGCAAGACGCUUGGUAUCACAGCCCUGCACAUUAAGCUACGAGCCACCGGAGGUAACAAAACCAAGACGCCUGGACCUGGUGCCCAGUCAGCGCUCCGUGCUUUAGCUCGCUCCAAUAUGAAGAUUGGCCGCAUUGAAGAUGUCACACCUGUGCCAUCAGACUCCACUCGCAGGAAGGGUGGUAGACGUGGGCGCAGGCUGUAAUCUUUUAGUUUAAGUUACUGUGGACUGAAAUAUAAAGUUUUACGGUC